GCAGGGCGAAUUUGACUUGAAACUGACAAAAUAUGAAGAGUGCAAUGGACCCAAACGAAGGACCUGUGUUGGAUCGGCAGUGAAAAUUCUCAGUGAUGUCACCUUGGCUUUAGAAUAUAAUAUAACACAAACAAUGAAGGCAGUUAAGGGAAAAAUCAUAGGAUUGGUGAACAACAAUCCCUUAUUACGAAUUCCGAUCAAAGACCUAUGUGAACAUAUUUUUCUCAGAACCUUAAUCAUGACUGCUUUGAAUACCCCUGACCGUUGCGCAAUUAAUAAGGGACACUACCAAUUUACUCUAGAUAUCCAGAAGGUAGCCCGCAGUUUUUAUGGCAGUAAGUUCAUGUAUGGGAAUUGGACAUUUCAAUGGAAUUUCUACAGUGACGUCUGCAACAUGCAUUGCGGUUUGCUCAACCUCUCGCUGACUCCAACAAAAAGUCAUGUUGAUUAAUAAAUUAAACUUA